AGGCUCGGAGAGGCUGACUUAGGACGGAAGUGUGCCUAGAUCAGCUGUUAGCUGUCGAUCCUCCCUCCCCUCCCCUCCCCACCCUCCCCAACGUCCACUGAAAACAACCAUCAAUACGAGCACCCGGCCAGAGAAGACACAGGGUCCUCCUGUGAAGAUAGAAGUAAGGUGGACAGCAGCUUCUCGUAGAUUGCAGUGCAGGCAGCAUGAACUCCUUCCCAGGAAAAGCGGCGCUGUCCUUGUGCAGGCGCACGGCUGCCGGCGGGGUGAUGAGGGUCCUGGCAGGUGCCCCGGGUUUCGCUGCAGGGGUGCUGCCGGCCGACAGGGCCUCUAUCCAGGCGGUACGGGUCUGCCACUCCGGGACGAGCAGGAAGGUCAGCGUGAAUACCAAGAAGAGGGGCUACGACAUCACCAGAAACCCCCACCUCAACAAGGGAAUGGCAUUCACUCUGGAGGAGCGGUUACAACUGGGUAUCCACGGCCUGCUGCCCCCUUGCUUCCUAUCCCAGGAUGUGCAAGUCCUGCGCGUCAUGAAGAGCUAUGAAACGCGCACUACUCCUCUGGACAAGUACAUCCUGUUGAUGACACUACAGGACAGGAACGAGAAGCUGUUCUACCGUUUGCUGACCUCUGACAUCGAGGAGUUCAUGCCAAUCGUCUACACUCCGACCGUCGGCCUGGCUUGCCAGCAAUAUGGACUCGCCUUCAGGAGACCAAGAGGUCUCUUCAUCACCAUUCAUGACCGAGGCCACAUCGCCACCAUGCUCAACUCCUGGCCAGAAGAAGACAUAAAGGCCAUCGUGGUGACUGAUGGGGAGCGUAUCCUUGGCCUGGGGGACCUGGGCAGCUAUGGGAUGGGAAUUCCUGUGGGGAAGCUGGCGCUCUACACAGCCUGUGGUGGGGUUCGCCCGCAGCAGUGUCUGCCUGUGCUGCUGGAUGUCGGCACUGACAACCAGGCACUGCUCAGUGACCCUCUGUACAUCGGGCUGAAGCACAAGAGAAUCAGAGGAAAGGAGUAUGAUGAGCUGAUUGAUGAGUUCAUGCAGGCGGUGACAGAUAAGUACGGGAUGAACUGCCUCAUACAGUUUGAGGAUUUUGCCAACAGCAACGCUUUUCGCAUCCUCAACAAGUACAGGAAUCGAUACUGCACCUUCAACGAUGACAUCCAAGGCACGGCCUCUGUAGCUGUUGCAGGGAUCUUGGCGGCUUUGAAGGUCACCAAGAACAAAUUGUCAGACCACACUUUUGUUUUCCAAGGGGCCGGUGAGGCUGCUCUGGGUAUUGCUCAACUGCUUAUAAUGGCCAUGGCCAAGGAGGGAUUGACUAAAGAAGAAGCUGCCAAGAAGAUCUGGAUGGUGGACUCGAAGGGCCUCAUUGUGAAGGGAAGAAGCCACCUAAACCACGAGAAGGAGGAGUUUGCUCAUGAGCACCCACACCUGAAGACACUGGAGGAGGUGGUGAACACCAUCAAACCAACCGCCAUAAUAGGCGUCGCUGCAAUUGGAGGAGCGUUUACCGAGAAGAUUAUCAAAGACAUGGCAUCUUUCAACGAGAAGCCAAUCAUCUUCGCUCUGAGUAAUCCUACCAGCAAGGCCGAGUGCACAGCAGAGCAGUGCUACAAACUCACAGAGGGCCGGGGCAUCUUUGCUAGUGGAAGUCCCUUUGACAAAGUGACGCUGGCAGACGGACGCACUUUCUACCCCGGGCAGGGAAACAACGCCUACGUCUUCCCUGGAGUUGCUUUGGGUGUUAUAGCCUGCGGAGUCCGCCACAUAUCUGAUGACGUUUUCCUCACCACUGCAGAGGCGAUCGCUGGCAUGGUCACAGAGGAGCACCUGGCAGAAGGAAGACUUUAUCCUCCUCUCAGCACCAUUAGAGAGGUGUCCUUCAAGAUCGCAGUGAAGAUUGUCAACUAUGCAUACAAACACAACAUUGCUUCAGUGUACCCGGAGCCUAAAGACAAGGAGGCGUUUGUGCUGUCUCAGAUCUACAGUCCUGAUUAUGACUCCUUCACUCUGGACACCUACACCUGGCCAGAGGAGGCCAUGAAGGUCCAGGAUGUGUGAUAGGGGAGCAUCUCAUUCUCUAAAUUAAACAUGCUGCCGUGGUGACACGUAAAAAUUGCCUCUCUUCUGAAAUUUUGCAAACAAUUCUUGCCUUUAAGGUUUUUUGUGUUUCUUUUAUUUUAUCUAUGUGACUAAAUGGCUGCGCCCUCUAAUGAAAUGCAAACCAAACAGUGCAUACGAAGAUUUCCUAUGUUCUCUGAGUGUUGUCAUUUCAAGUCAUUUUAUUUCAUCCUCUUUUAGUGCUCUACUUUUAUUUUGUCGAGGAAAACGUUUUAUAUACGCACAAUAGCAUAUCAGAUCUCAUUCUUACAGCAUAAACUACACUCCCACUACAGUCUGAUUUCACAGGAACAGGGGACUCAUUUUGAAGUUUAAUCUGUCUGUGCCUCUCAGGAUAUCGUGUGUCAUAUUCCAAGUUAAAGCUUCUGGCUGUUAUAGUAGACACAUCUGGCUCGUCCCAGAUUUUGCACUCCUUCCCUGGGUGUACAUAUGUUAGCCUGCACGCAGGACCUAAAACACUCCAUGACUAACCUGUAUUACUGUCUCUCUGUUCCCCUGUAAAAUGAGUGAUUUCUGAUAGUCGACACCACUGUUUGUUCUUUUUUUCUUUUUUAUGUGUUCAGAGGAAACCGUAGAAAUUAGGAGUUGUGCUUGUUCUUAUUCACAGUGGUGUUUUCCUUUUUUUCCUCUCUCCCUAUCUCUAAAGAGCUCAGCCUGAUGUGUUUUUGCCAAAGUUACAGAUGAGUUAUAUCUUAUAUUUUACUCCUAGAGAGCACUGUGCUGUACAAGCUUUAGCACUGAGAGAUAUGCUUGAAGUUUUCAAAGGGAACAUGAAGCUUUUUAAAUAAAAAUUUGAAGGAGAUAUGAGUGCAUCACAGACUUCU